GCUGGAAGGAGCAAGAUACCUUUGAUCGAUGCAGACCUUUUCCAUUCCUGUGCUUUAAUUAUCUCCUACCAACCCUGGAAGCUAACUUCCUAACUUUCUUCUACAACGGAUGUGGUUGUAUUUUUCACAUUUGUCUGUUAAUAGGCAAAUGAAGGAAUGAGCCUACUUAGAAUUACUUCUUCAGCUCACAGUUCUGCUUCAUCUCAACUGUGGAGGCUCGGCAUCUUUCUACUACUAAGCCUUCCUGACUCAAAAGGAAAAGCCAUUUGGACAGCACACCUGAAUAUAACAUUUCAGGUAGGAAAUCGCCUCAUAUCAGAAUUGGGAGAGAGUGGAGUGUUCGGGAAUCAUUCUCCUCUGGAAAGGGUGUCUGGCGUGGUGGUACUUCCCGAAGGAUGGAAUCAGAACGCUUGUAACCCAAUGACCAACUUCAGCAGGCCUGGGCAAGCAGACUCUUGGCUGGCCCUCAUUGAACGGGGUGGCUGUACGUUCACACGCAAAAUCAAUGUGGCCGCAGAGAAGGGAGCAAACGGGGUGAUCAUCUAUAACUACCCAGGUACAGGCAACAAGAUAUUCCCCAUGUCUCACCAGGGAACGGAAAAUAUAGUUGCUGUGAUGAUAGGCAACCUGAAAGGCAUGGAACUGUUGCACUUGAUUCAGAAAGGAGUCUAUGUGAAGAUCAUCAUUGAAGUGGGGAGAAUGCACAUGCCCUGGGUGAGCCAUUACAUCCUGUCUCUGUUCACCUUCCUGACCGCCACCGUGGCCUACCUGUUCCUGUACUGUGCUUGGAGACCUCGAGGGCCCAGUUCUUCCACCAGGAGGCGAAGGCAGCUGAAGGCAGAUGUGAGGAAAGCCAUUGGGAAGCUUCAACUGCGAGUGCUCCAAGAAGGGGACAAGGAGCUGGAGCCAGAUGAAGACAAUUGUGUUGUUUGCUUUGACAUUUACAAGCCUCAAGAUGUAGUACGUAUUUUAACUUGCAAGCAUGUUUUCCACAAGGCGUGCAUUGACCCUUGGCUUUUAGCCCACAGGACAUGCCCCAUGUGCAAGUGUGACAUUCUGCAAACUUAAGAAACCCCGAGGAUCUCCUGAAGAUGUAACUGAGUCUUUCCAGUGAUUAAAGUUAAGAUGAAUUCUCUUUUAGCACUUUAUGUAGAGAGAAAAUUCAACUGCAGUUUUUCCACACAAGUACUAAAGAGGGUGAAACUUGGUUGUUUUAAAAAUAAAACUCUGUAUCAUGUCCAGCUAUUUGAA